UAACUUCUUUGACUGCGAGAGGGAUCCACCCAACGCCACUUGCAAUGCCCCUGCCAUGGAAGCAAUGGUCCAAGCCUGUCAAGCGGAUCCGUGGCUACGAGAAUCGUGCCAUCACCAUCCGCCAGUUGAACGACUUGUCGAUUUAUUUGCAGAGGCUUUGCAAGGCUGGGCUGCUGAGAUUCACUAGUGAGUGGUCCAAGAGAAAAGGUGUGGAGCUGCACGGGAAACCCGUGGCCUGGUCGCUCCUCAAUAUGUAUAUCAUCAGCGAAGAGGUCCUCACGAAAGUGAUUCGUCAUUACGAUCCCCACUGUCCAGAUCAGACCUGGUACAGUUGGGUGGAAUUCUUGAAUGGUGGAGAGCCAAAGAGGCCAAAGGUCUUUUUCAGCCACUGGUGGGGGGGACACUUUCGCGACUUCAUGCAAGUGGCGGAGCAUGUCCGUAAGGACCGUUAUCUCAGCAUCCACGAUGGCAUUUGGGUUUGUACCUUCGCGCUGAACCAGUUCGGCGACGACCUCGGCUCCAGCUUGGACUCGUGUCCCUUCGUGAGCGGCCUCUUGAGCUGCGAACACGUGGUCUUGGUGGUGGAUCGGCAAAGCGGUUCGCUUACACGGACCUGGUGUGCCUUCGAACUCUGGCAGAGUGCGGAAAAGAACAAGACCUUGGACCUGUUUGCGCCCACGGGGAAGGUGGGCUCUGAAGGUACUUCCUCGGUGGCGCUCCUCGAUGCAGUCGAGGCUUGGGACAUCCGUGACACCAAUACCACCAACCCGGCAGACCGUCGACAGAUUUUCAAUCGCAUCGCCGGGGUCGACGAGCUGGAUGGACUCCUGCGUGAUGCUGAGGGCAGGCCGGUGAUCCAAGCUGGGCGAAAGGCCUUGCAGGAUGAACGUUUGGAUCGCGAAACGUUGGAUCGCGAGCUCCGGCUGCGAACGCAAGGGGAGGAUCAAAAGCCUAAGUUUGAAAGGAUCAACAGCCACGUGCGAGGAAAGGUGAGGGAUAGCUUAUGGACAGCCAAUGAAUGCCAUGGCUGCAAGAUCGACGAUCAUGCCUUACGAGGAAUCCCGUUGGGGCAACUGAAACAGUUCUUCCGCAAAGCGAUGAGUGACUGGAGGAGUGAGUGGGAAUCUCCAUCUCUCACCGUGAAACGGAUGGCCACCUAUGUGAACGAUGUGCUCUUGCCGAACAUCAAUGGUGAGAAGUGCUCCUAUGUGGAAAGGUGGGUGACUCAACCAGUGCCACCAAUGGUUUACCUGGCCUAUGCGUCGGACCAGAGAUUCGCCGAGCUGGUGAAGUGCGUGGAGUGGCAAGCAGAGGCCAGAGAGUUUGACGACAACACGGCCUUCUUCUUGGACAUCAUUUGCUUGAAUCCGGCGCUGCUCACGAAGGAUGAGAGCAUUGAGGCCCACCGAAUUGCGUCCGCCGAAAGUCAAGGCAUCCUGGUGACGCAUGGCUGUGAUCGUGCCUGGGUCUUGUGCGACUUAGCCUAUUUCUUGCGAGAAGACAAGUUCGUGGAUCUCGGAUGCCCUACAGGGGUGCUGGCAUGUACCAGGCCCUUUAGGGACAACGGCUUUGAGUACGGACAAUUCUGCAAGAGUGAGCUCACGAAGAUCAUGGAGCUGAGGUGUGCUGAUGUGAAUCGUGGCAGUUGUUCGGAGGAGGAUUUUGAAGAAACGGUGAAGAAGCGCAUCGUGGAGUGCUUUCCGAAUGCCCAAGGGCAGCCGGAACAGGCCUUCCGGCUUUUUGAGGAGUCCUUGAAGCAAUUCGCCUGCGGCCCCUUGCUGCGUCGUGCGACCUUUCAGGGCAAGGGCGACAAGAUGCGCAAGUGGUGCGCCUCACCAGGCAUGUUGAUCACCAACAAGAGCUUCCGCGGCGGCAUGGGCGAAAUGCCCGUGCACAUUGCUGCCGGGGCGGGCAACUUGGAGUCCCUCCGCACUUGCCUGGACCUGAAAGCAGAUCCCAAUGCCGAGGAUGUCAUGCGUGAGCGACCCCUCCAUUAUGCAGCACUGGCGGGCAGCGCGCCAGCCGUUCAGGUCUUGCUACGGGCCAACGCUGACCCAACGGUGCGGUCAGCGUUCCUGGAAACACCUUUGGACGUGGCCAGGGAGAAUGCGGCGGCGUAUUUGGGCGUGGAGACUGCCAAGAUCUUAGAGCUUUUGCAAAGUGCAGAGGCCUUGGAAUGGCAACUGGCACAGGUCUUGACACCUGAAGAGUCGGAGCGUCCAAAGACGAUGGAUGUCAACACCAGACCGUCGCAGGCCAAUGAUCUGUGGCUUGGCAUCCAGGACACCUUGCAGAAGUUCGGGACGGAUGGAAAAAUUGCCGCCAGCACGCUCACGGAGGUGCUCUCACGGAUCCUCAAGGAGGACGCUAGCUUGCUGGUCCAAUCCGCCCAGCAGGGCGAGGCCCCCGGGGAAGUGCAGCAGCUGAAGGCCCAAUCAACUACACUACUUAUAGUCACCAUGGCCUUUCUAAGGUCCCUAGUACCUAUAUAGAUGCAGGAUGCAUGGCGAUGAAUCCAAGCCAUUGCUGACAACCUGCACCCGCUGACAAGGUCCUACACAUUUUGCACAAUGGGAAGCUCAAAAAAACACAGAAGUUGACAUGUGAUCAAGGGUCCAACAAGGGUAUCUCAUUUUGUGCAUGUCUGGAAGAUCAUCAUACCCCAAAACCCCUUCUCAGGUUCGGUUCUUGGAGGCCUAGGGGCUAGGGUUAGUAACCUCUUAUACUGUCGUACCAAGCAUCAUUAAAGACGGACAGGACGGAAAGGACACACAUGAAAAGCCUAACGGAUUUGAAGAGGGCACGGCAUACAGGACUAGGAAGAUCAUAUCUCAUAUCUCCUUCGAGGGUUCUCAGAUCCAGAUCCUUUUUUUUGUGUGUUUUGUCUUUCGAUUUGUUGGUUUUCUGCAGAUGACACGGGUGAGUCAUGAGGACAUCAUGGCGUCGAAAUCCAGGCCGACAGAGGAGUGAAGAGUCAGUAUAAGAGGUUACCAACUUAACCCUAGGCCCUAGGCCUCCAGUCGUACCGAACCUGAGAAGGCGGUGGAUGUGACUUCUUGUAGGUGAAUUCCCGUGACGAAUGCGAAUGUUGAGUCCUGGCAGAUGGGUGAUUUCGUUUCGGUUACAUGUGAAAUAUCUUGAGAACCCUUGAAUUGAGAACAUAUAAGAACACAGGAUGGCCUGCACAAACCACAAUUUAUAUCCAUGUAUCACAAUUUAAUGGACAAAAUGCCUUGCAUGAGUGAGAGUAUGAGGAGUGUUUGUCUUGUCCAGCAGUGCUGCAUGACAGGAAUGUUGGCUGCAUUCAAUGUGGCUCCAGGACAGAUUCAGUCUAUUUGAGGGAAAUGGGCAUCGUCCACGCGCUUCAUCGUCCCGUCUUAACAAAGGGGCGAGCCGAAACACAACUUCCCCCAGAUGCCCCGCGAAGAUGGAAACGAGAAUGACGAGAUAGUGGACGAGAAUUCACAGGAGGUGAAUAUCAACGUGAUUUGUGGACAAACCAAAGUCCUACAAAUGUCAGCGUCUUCCACGCUGGCAGACGCUGGACAGAAUGUCUUCCCAGGCCAACCUCCAUGGAUAGUCACCAAAUUCGUGGUUGACGAAAAGGUGGUUGAUGGUGCGAGUCUCGUCUCUUCCCUUGGCGGGAGGCCACUUACAAUCAUACGGGAGCAAAAAUAUUGCAAUAGCAAAAAGGAGUUGCCUCUAAGGUGUUCUCACGCCAACCUGCAUCCGCAACUCAACAAGGUGGAAGAUUUGGCUUUUUUUAAGUCGCCAAUCACCACCGUGAGUUGGCCUGGCACGCUGACCCACGUUGGCUAUUCCAGCUUCCAAGCCACUUCGCUGACUCAUGUCGACCUGCCCAAUAGCGUCGUUUUGAUUGAGUCUUGGGCCUUCUCGGAAGCAACAUCCUUGAGACGGGCCACAGGCGAAGGUGUGCGGGAGAUAAGGAGCAAUGGCUUCAGCUCAUGCUCCGAAUUGGAGCAAAUCUAUUUUCCAAACGCGGAACUACUCGAACACGAAUGCUUCAAAGACACCAAAGUGGCGGAGGUGCGCUUCCCACAUGCCAAAGAAAUCCAAAAGUGGGCCCUGAACUCUCCAUGCCUGAGGCGGGUGUUCGUUAACGUGAACACGAAUGUUCACCCAGAGGCUUGGCCAGCAGGUGUUAUUGUAGAGUAUCUGGACGAGUAGUUGUGAGAGCGCGGCAACGAAAAAUUGCGACUGUUGCACAUGAUUGCUGUGCAUGGCGAAGAAUAACAAAUGAUUCGUCUCCCCGAAUCGAUUCAAAGGGUAAGAGCAGGAGAUGCAGGAGGAAUUUCAAUUUCCAUCCAUUUCCCUUGGGGGACUUGACCUGCGAAUACCUACGGUGAUAAUUCAUCCGAGGCAUUUCCAGUCCAUGGGUCGGAAAUGGCUGGAAGGAAAUUUUGAAGAUGUUCUGUCUUCCAACUUUGGAUUCAGGGUUUUGGGGUGGGUUUGGAGGGUCCAGUCAUACCUUCUGAGGAGGCAGGUACUUGGAGGUGCAGGGUAUAGGAAGAAAAGCCAACAUGCAGACAGUCUGAAGUAGCGUGAGACACAGCAGUGGUGCCGAAACAACUGAACCAGCUAAUAGCAAUGGCCUCCAACCUACUUGUGGUUUGGCCUCCAACCAAACCACACCACAGAAUUCCCCCCAAACCCCGGUCAAACCCCUCUGGACGGGACGUCCACACCACGGUCCAGUCCGGCCGCGGCGACACGCCUGUCCAGUUGGUGGACUUGAAGGACUUCUUGGACCUCCUAGCCAUCGACGUUUAGAGGGUCACCGGUGCCCGGCAGAGGAGGCGAUGAGGCAUGUGCAGUUUGAUAUCGCAGACAAGCAUGAGUGGCAGUCUGGCCUACAAUCGAUUUAUGGCCCAUUUGGUGAGAUGUUUGGAAUCUUUUUACAUCCAGCCUGCAGCAAACGCUGCGGGGCAGGAACUUGAGUUUCAACUGUCUCAUGAAGUGGCGUAUGUUUUGAAGAUCGCAUCACGCAAGAAUUGGCAGCAGAAAGCUGCAAGAACGUCGUAUCCUUGCGGAUUUCCACGAAGC